AUGCCACGAUCCCUCAUCGCCCAAGACUUCAACGAUAUCACGCAAACAACAGCAAUCUCUGAAUUACAGAGAUAUCUAUUUCGAAGAUACACUCUGCUCGAUCGUGUACUCCGAGCGCGCAAACUGCAUCAUCGCCAUUUCUUUGCAAUGGACAAUAACUAUGGUCACACGGUAUAUCUGGACCAACUACAGAACAAGAAAUACGAGACGGUGAAGGCUCUCGAGAAGCUUGGCAAACGAGCCGCCGCAGUCGUUCAUGAAGAGCAGCGGUGGCAUCACUGGGUGAGGGAAUGUCAGGAGAAGGAGGAGGAACAGGCGCAGAGCGAAGCAAAGAAGGUGAAGCUGGAGUUUCAGCUCUUUAAAAGAUACGAAAAGGAACUCGAUCGUCGUCAACGGGACAUGCGAUCUAGAGAGAUCAAGAGGCGCGAAGAACAGUACUUGAACCAAGUAUAUGCAGAGCGCGCCCAGACGAUGUCAAGGGAAGAGGAAGAGGAAUGGGAAGAGCAGUGGGACCCCAUUCAAGAUAUUUAUGGCUACGAAAGAGGUCGCUAUGUCGAGCUCAUCAAUAUGUUUCUGAUGAUCAGUGAGCAGGAACAUGAAGACUAUUGCGCAGGUGUGGAGGCAUCUCAGCUUGAUGGCCCUGCCGCACCGACAUCUUCGCACCAAGCCACCGGACAAGCCGCGACGGGCAAGAAGUCCAUCAUAAUGGAGACCAAGGAACAGAUGCGCAGGAGACUUCAGACGCCUGUCAACUUCGAGCGCGCGCCAGGCCAAUAUCUUCCUGAGUUUUUAAGCCCAAGGACGACGACUCCCGUAGUUCCUCACGACGAGAUCGAGACGCUCUUGGAUGAGAUUUGUGAGAUCAAGAACUUUCUCUUCUGUCGACUUCUUUUGGCAUCAAGUGCACUCCUGCCUAUCGCACUCCAGGCCGGCAGCAUAGAGGAACUCCUGCAAAGCGAAGGUGUGACAAGGGAACAUUUACGAGAUGUUUGCCUCAAGCUGGAGCGUCCCAGUCUUGAGAACAUGCGAGACGCGUGUGCGGACUUCAUGCGUGAAAGGGAUGGGGCUGAUGCACCAAAAGACAUUGCCAAAGACCUCGCCCUGAUGGACAUUAUCGACGCCCAACAGCGAAUCCAGAUCAGGGUCUGUGGCCGCCAUAUGUACUACUACCGUAACGAGCGCGCUCUCAACCGCAGCGGCUGGUUUCACUUCUCUAUCAUCGCGAAAGACUCCGAGCUCGCCGAUGCCGUUGCGCUUUGUCGAAACUGGGAAGAGUUCUUCGAGCUCACGAUACUGUCAAUGUAUCGGUUGUUCCCGGCUCCAAAGUGGACGAAGUUUGUGGGCGAUGUGAAUCGUCAAUGCCUCCUGCUUCUCGGUUUCAUACCUUAUUUCCAAGUCGACGGCGCCGAAGCUAAAACGACGCAACAUAGGAUUAGUGGUCGUGCUAGUUCGGGACGGUCGUUCGAUUUUAAGGAAUCACGCAACAUCCUCUGCGGUAUCGUCAAGCGUGACGAUACCCUCAAUCGUCGAUUCCUUGAGUGCCUAGCAAUGGAGUCGGCCGACCUUCGUGUUUUGGUUCAUGAUCCGGUGACUGGCAAAUUCGUAAUCCAACCACCAAAGGAGGAGUUUUGGCUGAGCCGCGAGAAGGCCGGACGUGGCAGGUCUACAAAACAUGAAUACACCGUCACAGUUGAGGUCGAUAACGCCUUUUUCGAACAGGCCACCGCCUGCAGGGCUUGGUCGUUGAACUUCAACGAUUAUUAUAAUGUUUAUAUCUGGGAUGCACCGCCCGGUCGGAGUGCAGAUGAGCUACAGGGCAAAAUACAAGAGGUCCGUAAAGUGUCAAGAUAUCUACUUUGA